GGACUUUGGAGGCGAAAGAGGGAGACAAGCAAGCAAGGAAAAGACGCCACCUUUGGGCUUUUUUCCCUCCCCUGUUCCAUUCCGUCCGUCCUCGCCGUCGCCGUCGGCCGUCGCCAUGGGCUCCUCCCCGCCGCCGGCCACCGACGACGACCGCUACCAAGACCCGAUGUGGGAGAGGCGGACGCACGCGAGGAUCCUGGUCCGCGACGCCGACGCCGGCCGCAUCAUCGGCAGCGCGGGGUCCUCCAUCGCCGCCAUGGAGAAGGAGGCCGGCUCCGGCGCCCGCAUCACGCUCUCCGGCAGGGACCAGAUCCUCGCCGGCACCGACCGCCGCGUCGUCUUCCUCUCCGGCCCCUUCCGCGCCGUCAUGGACGCCGCCGACCUCCUCCUCCAAAAGAUCCCCCCCCGCUACCAGGGCGAGCAGGCGGACAACACGGUGGUGCUGGUGGUGCCCUACGCCUGCUGCGGCGCGCUCAUCGGCAAAGGAGGGACGCUCAUCAAGUGGUUAGCUCAAGAGUCAAAUGCUGGCAUCACGGUCUCACACCACCGACUCUGCUACGGUUUCAAUGACAGACUGGUUAACAUCACCGGGCGCUUGGAACAUCAGCUGCAGGCCAUAUUCCUUAUACUCUCCGAGCUGCUUGACGAUGUCCACUACUUAUCCUCCUACCAAAGCGUUGGUUUUCCACGUUGUCAUGUUUCAAGUGUUGGGUGUGACGGCGAUGCUCAAGAUGAGCAUGUCGAGAGAUACCACAGCAGGCCCGACACUCCCGUGGGGUCAGCUGACGUCGACGACGGCAGAGACGUACAAGGGACUCUGACCAUCGCUGUCGCGAGUGAGUAUGUGGGCGCCGUCAUUGGCCGUGGUGGGAGGGUCAUCAAGGAGAUCCAACAGGCUACGGGCGCGUUGAUCACGGUGUUCAAGGGGAAGCUCUUACCUGGGAUGAGGGAAAGGUGGGUGGGCACCAACGACAUACAGCAGGGAGGUGGUGAUCAGCGGGACGCGGGAGGCGGUGGAUGCCGCGGAGGCGAUGAUCGCGGAGCACAUCUCGUACGCCAUGGAUCGCCGCGGACGGAAGCAGGGUGGCGAGGGGAGGAGGCCUUCCCUUUUGUGAAGCCAGUGGAGUAGGCUCAGCAGGAGCAAUGCAGCAAAGCAGAGCAGAGCAUAGAAGUGGUAGUAGAGCAGGAAGGAAGGAGAUGUUGCAGAGUAGUGUUUUUUUGGUGGGUUGCGUUGCGUUGCUGGAAACGAGUAGUUAACUAGCAGCAAAAAUGACUACUAUUGUACUUGGGAGGGGUUUGAUGAAACAAACCCAAGCCAAGACAAGCAAAGAUGAGAGGAUUUUUGAACUGAAACAAUUAAUUUGUUGCGCGGUUGGAUGGCCCAAUCAGGAUUGGACUAGUGCUGAUGCAUGAGAAUUUUGGUUGGUGAGAUCA